CAAAACUGAAAGUACUGCUGCAUUUAAGCCCUGUACUGUUCUGAGGAUGAACAGAUGAGAAUAAAAGACAAGCUGAUCCCACGACUGGCUCAGGAGACAGGCAUGGCUAACGUAAAAGAGCAACUCUUGGAUAUCUUUCUAGAACUUCUUGAUGAAGAUCUUCGGACUUUUCAGUGGUAUCUUUACAGCAGCGACCUUGAAGGAUUCGCGCAUAUACCAAAGUGUAAAGCUGACGGCUUGGACAGGCCGCGCACCGUGGAUCUUGUGGUGCAAACAUAUGGUUAUGAUGAUGCUGUUACCGUAACUGUGAUCAUACUGGAGAAAAUGAGACAAAAACUACUAGCUGAUAGACUAAAAGAGUUGUGCAGCAACGGUAAAAGCAAUAAGAAAAGCGAAGGAAGUGACCUCCUCGCAAUCCAAGAGACACUGAAAUGCACUUUGAAGGAACAGUGUCUAAAAGUUUACGAGGGCAAUGCAGGAGAAGGACAACGUAUUUACCUGAAAGAAAUCUACACAGAGCUGCAUGUGAUAGCAGGAGCCUGGGGAGGCUUAAGUGACGAGCGCGAGUUCAGACAGCAAAAGUCCAAGCAAAUGGCAGUGGAAGAAACAAUUAAAGUCCGAGAUCUUUUCAAGCCCGAUCAAGAAAGGCGGAUAAGGACUGUGCUUACUCAGGGUAUACCUGGAAUGGGUAAAACAGUCUGUGCACAGAAGUUCACUCUGAGCUGGGCAGAAGGAGAAGAACAUCAGGACAUCACCUUUCUCUUUCCACUCCCUUUCAGGGAGUUGAAUUCCUUCAUGGGCGGGGGAGACUCUUCAUUAAUGGACCUACUCCAUUGGUUUUUCCCUCAGAUAAAACCCAUCGAGAAGCUAUCAGAUUCGAAAGUCCUCUUCAUUUUCGAUGGCCUUGAUGAGAGUCUUCUCCCAUUGAAUUUCAAAUACAACAAGGUUUUGAGAGACGAGACGGAGCCGGCCCCACUCGAUGUGCUGAUCACAAAUCUCAUCACAGGGGAUCUGCUCUGCAACGCAUUCGUCUGGAUCACAUGUAGGCCUGCGGCGGCGGGCAAAAUUCCUCGAAAGUACAUUGACCAGUGGACUGAAAUCAAGGGCUUCACUGAAGACCGAUGGCAGGAAUACUUCAAGAAGCGCGUGAGUGACGAUGCCCUUUCCCUUCGGAUCAUAGACCAUGUGAAGUCGUCGAAAAGCCUCUAUGUAAUGUGUCAAAUACCAAUUUUCUGCUGGAUCACCGUCACUUUGAUUAAGAGAAUGCUGCACGAUGACGUGACCGGAAGAUUGCCCAACACCCUGACUGAGAUGUACGUGUAUCUUCUUCUCUGCCAAACCGACCGGAUGGCUGAAAGGCACUACCCCAUGAGCGGCGGUAACGUUUGUUUGCAGCUCGCAGAACUAGCGUUCCGUCAGCUUGAACAGCGCAAACAGAUCUUCUACGAGGCUGACCUGAAAAAGUGCCACAUGGAUAUCAAUGAGGCAACCACAUAUUCGGGUGUUUGCACAGAGAUGUUUCACAUGGAGGCGGGAAGGGGACAAAAAGUUUUUAACUUUGUGCAUUUGAGUAUCCAGGAGUUUCUGGCAGCUGUGUUUGCCCAUUAUUCAUACAUGCAUAACAAGGAAAACGUUCUUCUGGGACGUCGGGAAAGACUUUCCUCAAAACUGUGGAGAAAGUCUGUUUUUGGCUUUCAUAAAUCUGCCAUUGAAAAGGCUUUGAAAAGUCCAGAUGGCCACUGGGACCUCUUCCUUCGCUUCCUUCUGGGCCUUUCGUUGAAGUCAAACCAGGAACUUCUCUACGGUGUGCUGCAUUUGGAAGCAGAAGGAGAAGAAGAUGUGGCAAAAACCAUACAGUUUAUCAAAGAAAUGAUCAAUGAAGAACCCGAAUCAAAGCUCAACUUGUUCCACUGUCUGGGGGAGCUCAGAGACGAGUCUCUGGUGCAGGAGAUUCAGAGCUUCGUAAGUUCUGGGAGGCUUGCAAGCACACAGUUAUCUUCGGCUCAAUGGUCCGCUCUCACUUUUGAGCUAAUGACAUCAGAUACUCUGGAGGAAACGUUUGACCUAAAGAAGUACUCAAGAUCAGAAGAAGGGCUAGAAAAGCUGCUGGUUGUUAUAACUUCCUCCACACAUGCCCUCCUAGAUUAUUGCAACCUCACUGAAAACUGCUGUCCAUUGCUGGCCUCUGCCUUGAGCUCAACGUCCUCUCAUCUGACAGAUUUAGAUUUGAGUAACAACAAACUGAAGGAUUCGGGAGUGCGGCUGCUUUCUGAUGGUCUACUGAGUCCACAAUGCAAGCUGAAGAGCUUAAGAUUGCGUGAAUGUAGAGUGGAGGGUGGCUGCUGUGAGGCCUUGGCUGCUGCUCUUAACACAGAGUCAACCCAACUGAGAGUGCUGGACCUGAGCGCUAAUGACCUCCAGCACAGUGGAGUGACGGCCCUGAGUUUGGGACUGAGCAGCCGUCACUGCAAAGUUGAAACAUUGAGUUUAAGUCAGUGCAAACUGGGAGCGGGCUGCUGUGGAGGUUUGGCUUCAAUCUUCAACUCAGGCUCUCCUCGGCUGAAAUCUCUUGAUUUGAGUAACAACAACCUGAAGGAUGCCGGGGUGUCCCUGCUUGCUGCUGGACUAACAAGUCCAAGUUGUAAACUAGAAAUUUUGAGGCUCAGCUGCUGUGGCCUAACACAGAAAUCCUGUAGCUACCUUAGUUCGGCUCUCAGCACAGACUCCGGCAAAGUCAAGCAUCUGGACCUGAGUGGGAACAUCCUUCAAGGUCCAGGUUUUGGUACUCUCUGCUCCGGGCUCAAAAGUCAGCGCUGUCGACUGGAAACUUUAAUAUUAAAAGAGUGCAGCCUUCAGAAAUGCUGUGCUGACAUUGCCUUAGUGUUGAGCACCAACAACUCCCGCAUGAAGGAGCUUGACCUGAGUGAGAACGACCUGGAGGACCUGGAAGUGGAGUUGCUCUCUAACGGAAUAGCAAACCCAAACUGUGUCUUGGAAACCUUGAGCCUGUCGUUUUGUGGAGUCACUGUGAAAGGCUGCGCUCAUCUGGCUUCAGCCCUGAGCUGCAACCCGUCCCACCUGAGGCAGCUGGACCUCAGCUACAAUUAUCUCCAGGAGUCUGGAGUGGAUCUGAUCUCGGUUCAGCGGGACAAUCCACUUUGUAAGCUAGAACAUCUAAGUGUGGAUCAUAAUGAGGAAUGUUACCUGAAAUCAACCCUAAAAAACUACUCCUGCAUCCUGACCUUUGACACAAACACAGCCUCUACGUCUCUCUUUCUACACGACGGAGGUAAACAGGUGACGUGGGUCAGGGAGUCACAGCCGUACCCAAAACACCCCGAGAGGUUUGAAAGUGUCUCCCAGGUGCUGUGUCACCAAGGCCUUACCCAGCGCCACUACUGGGAGGUGGAGUGGCGAGGGCGCUGGGUGGACGUCGCUGUCGCCACGAGGGGAAUCAAUCGCAGAGGGGGCAGUCACGUGUCUGCGUUCGGCAAAACCGACCAGUCCUGGUGUCUGCUCUGCUGCGGAGAUCACUACAGCGCCCAGCAUGGCAACGAGGGCGAGGAAAUAUCCGUACCCGUGUCUUGCUCUCGCAAGGUUGCGGUCUAUCUGGACUGGCCUGGUGGCACUCUGUCCUUCUACAGGGUGUCUUCUGGGAGCCUCAAACAUCUUCACACGUUCUACAGUAACUUCAGUGAGCCGCUCUACCCUGGGUUCGGGAUGGAAGAGGACGACUGCUCUGUCAUUCUUUGUUCCAAUUAGGAUACGUAGGAACGUGUUUAAGGUAACUGUAGGUGCAUUUCCACUGGCCUUAAAAUUGCACAAUUUGACAUUUCGAAAAUACAUUCGCUUAAUAAAAACCUGCCAGUUUAGAAAAAAACCCUUCUUUUUCGAUAUAAAGGUUUUACUGAUGAGGUGGGUUUUUUUUGGCCAUAUUGAAAUUAGUGUACUUAGCAAAAUCGCAAUAGAAAGCACUUUUUUGCGUCACACAAGUCACAUGAUCAACAAUAAGAUGCUGCUACUGCCAGAGAUGACAAAGAAGACGACAGGAGUGGUAGGUGAAGGAUGACAUAGUGGGAUUUUAAUUGCGUUUCUUUUUUUAAUGGAAGUGCCGCAAUUGCAAGAUUGUGUUGUUUCGACUUAAGUGGAAUAUCGACAAAGUUUUGCACACGUUUGUAAUAGAAACUCAGUUUAUGGCUGAAAGGUGCCAUUCAUUAAUAAAAUCCAGUUUUACUAUGAAUGCAACAUAUUUUUGUUCCUAUUCUAGUUUUGCUUUCUUAUGCCGCAAACCGAAGACCUGAAAAGAAAACGGCAAAAACUAAAGGCUAAAAAUUAAACAAAAGGCCACGUCAAUAUUAUGUUGAGCCGCUCCAUGUUAUUUGAGGCAGGGUAUUUUCAAAAACAGUCACUGGGUUCAUUACAACCAAACUUGGUCAUGUCCAGAGCCUGCGACUGUCUGCUUUUUGCUCUGAUAUGGAUUGUUUGUUUUUUUGUCUUAUCAGUUCAAGCAAGUCUACUGCACCCCUCAUACAAAAUGUAGCUCAGAGUGCUCUACAGGACAAAAAUAGCUAUGGAGAUACAGAAGAUGUCACGAAAACAAGAAAUACACUUCAAGAAUAAAAGUAAAAUAUAAGAAUCACAAGAAAUUUGUUGUUAAAAAAUUAGAGAAAUUAACUGUUGAAAUGAAAACGGACUUUUAUGGAAAGCUGCAUAAAAAUUAUGACUGUAACCUUUACAGUCAUAAUUUAAAAUUAAUGGCCUCUGUUCCACAUUAAACCUGCAGUAUUUCGCCUUUACAAAAAUAUGUUUUUGUAACAUAUUUGUUAAAAUUGUCACCAUGUCAUGAGACAAGUGUAAUGAGACAGAUAAACCUGAAAAAAAAAGUAGCUCCUCUGCCUCCUUCCUGUGUUACGUCAAAUACUUCACCCGGUCAGAAAUAACAGGAGGAGGGUUUUAGCGCUGUCAAGCAACCUUGUGUACGCGAUGCUAAAUGUGUUAAUGGCGGAGGAAAACUGUUUAUCCACCGUCAUGGUGGAUAUAUUAGCAAGCCUUUGCAUUCAUGGCAGUUUCUGUUGUGGUGAACCAGAAAUAGCGUAGAAAAGAGCUAGUGGGAGGGUGUGAGCGACAUGUACGUGAGGAUGAUUGACAUCACUAAGCCCGUCCUCCUGGCCCUGAUUGAUUGUGUCUGAUAGAACGUGUCUUUCUGCAGAUUGCUGUAUGACCACAGGGGGGAGGCAGAGGAGCAUGAUUUUUUUUUUUUUAAACAGUUUAUCCGUUUCAUAUUGUAGAGUCACAACAUAGUGACAGUUUUAACAAAAAUGUCAUAUAAAAAAUGUAAUUUCUAUAAAGGUACAUACGGCUGCUGUAAGUUGGAGGAAAUUCUGAGUCAUUCACUGAUGUGUGCUGUGGACAGACUGACUCAAAUACUGUAAUAGACCAUAAUCAUGUGGUGACGGAAACAGAAAGUUGUGACUCACUAUGACACAACUUGUAGUACUCUGUUCGUUUGUGUUCUACAUUUAUAAUAAUAAUAAUAAUAAUAAUAAUAAUAAUAAUGUUUUAUUUGUAUGCCGCUUUUCCCAAUACUCUCUUUACAGAAAUCAAGUAAAACUACAAACAGAAAACUAAGUACAUCAAACCAAAUGAUAAAAGCAGAACACAUAUAUAUUACAUAAACCCCCCCCCAAAAAAACACACAGGAUAAGAAUGAAACAUAUAUUAAAAGUCAUAUAUUAAAAGCUGUUCUGAAAAGAUAUGUUUUGAGAUGUGAUUUUAAUGUGGAUAGGUUUUCAAAAACAUAACAAACUCAAUUUUUUUGCUGCAUCAUAAUCUGACUAGCAGAUUAUCUUCAUUGUGUUGCACAUUCAUGCUGUUAGUCGUUAAAGAUGAAAUAAAUGUGUCUCUCUCUCCGACGGGUCGACCCUGACCUGGUCAUUUAUCGUAAGAAUUCCUCCCCCUCCGCUUUAUCACAUCUGAGAUCCGCUGACCGGCACAGUGGACUCAGACGUUAUUCUUCCAAUUGGAUGAAUGCCGAACGCAAGAAUUCAGUGCAUGCAUAUUCAAGAGAAAGUGAUAUCAUACACAACAACUUUUAGGUUUUGAAGAAAAACACUCAAGUGGACUUCACGGCAUUAAUCUCAGUGUCGCUCGGCCCGCUUCCUGAAUAAUGCAUGCCUCUCUUGUUUGAGCCACCUGCAAGGGUUGCUUACUUUGGGAGGCGUAGCUCGGCCAGCCGGGAAGAAGAAAUGAGCGUGAAAGUGUUUCCAGGCAGAAACACUGACAAGUCCUUGUUGAGAAUUUGUGCAACGGAGUUUGAGAGGGCGGAGGACAACGGUUGUUUUCCUCCACCCAAGCAGCGGAGGUCAGAGCUGCUGCUCUAACCUCCUCCCACUAAGUAUAACCUCAGAGAGAGAGAGCAAAAAAAGGUUACAUUUAUGGGAUGUGGGGAAGGAGGUGUGGCAGUGUAGUGGGUUGUAUAAAGGAGCUGGUUCUGUUGCACAGUGUGAGCUGGGGUCCAAGGUCCAACCGACAUGCAGGUAUGUGUUAAACCAGGCACAGUUAGGCUGCAACACUACGUUAGAACAUCUGUGCUUUUAGCCGUUUGUAAAUGCUUUAAAAUGGACCAGGUCAAAAUGAGGAGUCUUGGUUAUUGUGCGCUCAUAUUCACUCUUCUGUUGAUCUGCUCAGUCCAGGCUGGG